AUGGAGCUAAAGAGAGGAAAGACUUUCAUCAAAUCCAGCCUUCACAUUUCUCAUGAGAAGUACCCAGGCCCAGCAGCCGCUGCCCCAGCUUGGGAUGAAGCAGACCCCUGGUCAGUCUCAUCUGGAGGGCAGCAGCAGAUCCAUGGUGAGAGAGGCCCCCAAGCCAGUCCCAAUACCCAUGGAUAUAACAUAUGCUCCAAAAAGGGGGCACAGCCAGAGCCUAAGGGUGGUGCCACAGACCCCUGUGGUGCCACCUUCAAAUUGGUAUGGAAGAGCAAGACUCACAACAGUGUGCCUGGGGCUGGAAGGAUGGUUGCAGCCACAAGGCAACUGAUAGGCAGCACGAGCUUCCCAGGGCCCUCUGGCAGCCAGCGCAUUAUUGAUUACCGCCACUUGGUGCCCCAAAUGCCUUUUGUGCCAGCCGUGGCUAAGAACAUCCCAAGGAAGAGGAUUUCCCUGAAAAGACCCAAGAAGUGCUUUCAGAACCUAUUCCACAUUCAUAGAAACAAGACUGAGAACUUAGCCUCACUGGCAACCAAGGGAAAGAGCCUGCCUUCCCCCAGAAUCCUAUCAGAGGCAGGAGGGCAGCGAGGCAAAGCCUUCUUCCCCUUGGGUGAGGGACUGGGGCUGGAUGGCUUGUGCCAGGACCUAUCUGACAGUGAGUUCCUGCCUGACUCCUCUUUCGACUUCUGCAGGGCCCUGUGUGAGGACGUGGCUUCACUCAAGAGCUUUGACUCACUCACAGGCUGCGGGGAGAUCUUUGCAGAUGAAAGCUCAGUGCCAUUCCUGGAGCUGAAUGAGGGCCUGGAGAGCUCAGCCAAGUCAUCACAGGCCCUUGAGAGCAAGAUUUCUAGUGGUCCCUUCCAGGGCAGCGUGGAAAAGCUGGUGUCUCCUGCCCAGGAUGACAUGUCCGACUUUGCCAAGUUCUGGGAUAGUGUGAAUCACUCUGUGAGGCAACAACAGCGCACCCUACUGGGCCCAUGGCUGGAGGGUCCUCAGGGAAUGGAUACAGCCCAGCCUGGGCUUGAUUCAGCUGGGCUCAUUGAGUUCCCUCUGUGUCCCUGCAGGGAUCUCCUCAGUGGCUCCAAAGCCAGCUCCAUACACACAGGCACCACCAGCAGUGAGCAGCCAGAGUCUGUGUCCACGAGUGACGAGGGCUACUACGAUGCCUUUUCACCUAGCCUUGAGGAGGAUAGGAAGGAAGUCCUGAGCCCAGGCACCCCUGCAACUGCCUUCCCUCGGGAGAGCUAUAGUGGAGAUGCCCUCUAUGAGCUUUUCUGUGACCCCAGUGAGGACCCUGUUGGCCUUGAUGAUGACCUGUGCGUGUCUGAGAGUCUGUCAGAGCCAGCACUGGGAAUGCCACUGUCUAUUUGCAGCUUUCACAUGGGGGCAGAGGAGAACUUGGCCCUGGGACCAAGCCCAGACCUGCUCAGCCAGGGUUUCUUGCAGAGCUCCUGGAAGGGCAAGGAGUGCCUGCUGAAGCUCUGUGACACUGAGCUCACCAUCACCAUGGGUAUUGUCAACUGGCUUCGCCGUAGUCCUGAGCUCCAUGCUCCUCCUAUCUCAACCCCUGGGGAUCCUGUAACCCCAUUCAGAGGAUUGGUGGAGAAUCUGGGAGCUGACUCUGAGAAGAAAGGCCCAGGUCUAGUGAAGCUGGAGGUCAGGGGGGCCCAUGCCUCAAAUUCAGGUGGGAUCACAGUCAGCUCAAAACCUAGUAGGCAGGAGCUGUGGGUACAUUCAGGUACCAAGGGCCUGCUUGCUGGAGAGAGCAAGGUCUUGGCAGGGCCUGAGCAGGAGACCAGCUCUCUAUCCAGGGACCCAUCUCUGAAGUGUGUGCAGGUCUCUGGGGAAGAAGGGACACGAGGUUGCCACGAAGGUUUGUUCUCCUCUUUGGGAUCUGCAAUAUCUAUGAUGACAGGCACUUCUAGCAAAAACAAGGUCAAAACCAAGAUCAUAAACCCCUUUGCCUGGCCCCACUCCCAGGAGCUCAGGGCACCUGGGAAGAUGGGGUGUUUUCGAGAUCAGCAGAGACCAGGUCUUAGGGAAAGUACCCUGGAUACAGAGCCCUCUCUGAAAGGUUGUGUGGCCCAGGUUGGAGCCCUACAGAUCCACCCAGACUGCAAGCCCUAUUCUGUGCAGCCGCCAAGGCAGGACACGAGCAGUAGGCUCUGUAGGCAGCCUCAGGCCAGGGACAUUACUGUUUUGCAGCAGAAACAGUCUAACAGCUUUCCUGGAGUGGCUGCCGUAUGUAGCCUGCCCUCCUUGACCAGCCCACUCCACAGCCCACAGGAUCAGAAGUGCCCAGGCCUUUUCCUGGACAUAAGCCAGCUCAGGAUGGAGCCCACCAGGCUGGAUGCCCAGGCCCGCACCUCAAUGGAGGAGCAGUACUUGUAGCUCAGCUUGAGAUCCAGGAAGCAGGUGGCAC